UCUACCUUUUGGUUUCGUUCUUAGUAAGAUGUGACGCAGUUUACGUCUUCCGGUCCAGCCUGUGAAGAUUAACUGAAGUCCUCAAGAUGAGUGAUUCUGAGGAGGAGGAGGAGUUUCCAGCCUCCAGCCGUCUGUCUAUGAAGAGUGACUGGUCCAAACAUCAUCCUCCAGAGUUCAGUAAAGAUCCUGAACCCUCAGACACAAAAUUGACUGAAGUCCUCAAGAUGAGUGAUUCUGAGGAGGAGGAGGAGUUUCCAGCCUCCAGCCGUCUGUCUAUGAAGAGUGACUGGUCCAAACAUCAUCCUCCAGAGUUCAGUAAAGAUCCUGAACCCUCAGACACAAACAGACAGAGAGCAGAGUCUUCAGCCUCCAGCCGUCUGUCUAUGAAGAGUGACUGGUCCAAACAUCAUCCUCCAGAGUUCAGUAAAGAUCCUGAACCCUCAGACACAAAAGUGAUGAAGAGGAGGGGAGUUUGUGUGGAGGAGCAGCUGUCCUGCUGUGCUCGGUGUCAGGACGUCCUGAAGGAUCCAGUCUCUAGCAGCUGUGGACACUGGUUCUGCAGACAGUGCAUCAGCUCAUACUGGGACCAGUCUGCUCCAUCAGGACACUCCUCCUGUCCCCAGUGUGGAAAAAGACCCAGAAGCCGCAGCUGUGGACAAAGUGUUGGUCUGCAGGAGGUUCUGCAGGAACAUAAGAUGAGUCUGAGGAGGAGAUGUGAACAUGUGACUGAAGGAAGUGAUGAACCAGGAGGUGGAACCCUCCUCAACAGGAUCUACACUGAGCUCUACAUCACAGAGGGACACAGUGGAGAGGCUGAUGUCCAACAUGAGGUGGAGCAGCUGGAGACAGCUUCCAAGAAGAGCCUCCAUGACACUCCCAUCAGGUGCCAGGACAUCUUUAAAGUCUUACCUGAGCAGCAGAGAGCCAUCAGAGUGGUCCUGACCAAUGGCAUUGCUGGCAUAGGUAAAACCUUCUCAGUGCUGAAGUUCACUCUGGACUGGGCAGAGGGCGGAGAAAACCAAGACGUCAGUGUGGUGGUGGUGCUUUCCUUCAGGGAGUUGAACUUGAUCAGCGAUGAGCAGCACAGUCUUCUCACGCUGCUCCAUGUUUUCCAUCCAACAUUACAGAAGGUGACGGCAGAGCAGCUGGCUGUCUGUAAACUUUUGUUCAUCUUUGACGGUCUGGAUGAAAGCAGACUUUCACUGGAUUUCACCAACAGGAAGGUUGUGUCUGACGUCAGCCAGAAGUCAUCGCUGGACGUUCUGCUGUUCAAUCUCUUGGAGGGGAAUCUGCUUCCCUCGGCUCUGGUCUGGAUCACUUCCCGCCCUGCCGCAGCCAAUCAGAUCCCUCUUACAUGUGUGGACAGAUUAACAGAAGUACGAGGCUUCACCGACGUCCAGAAGGAGGAGUACUUCAGGAGGAGGAUCAGUGAUGAAGAGCGCUCCAGCACAAUCAUCUCCCACAUCAAGACAUCCAGGAACCUCCACAUCAUGUGUCGACUCCCAGUGUUCUGCUGGAUCACUGCUGCAGUUCUGGAGCACAUGUUGAACACAGAGCAGAGAGGAGAGCUGCCCAAGACCCUGACUGACAUGUACUCACAUGUCCUGCUGGUUCAGACCCAGAAGAAGAAGAACAAGUACCAUGAGGGACCUGAGACGAGUCCACAGGAGCUGACGGAGGCUGACUGGGAAGUUCUUCUGAAGCUGGGGAGGCUGGCCUUUGAACAUCUGGAGAAAGGAAACAUCAUGUUCUACGAAGAAGACCUGGAGCAGUGUGGUCUGGAUGUGACGGAGGUCUCUGUCUUCUCAGGAGUUUGUACACAGAUCUUAAGAAGAGAGUGUGUGAUGUUCGAGAAACCAGUCUACUGCUUUGUUCAUCUGAGCAUUCAGGAGUUUCUGGCUGCAGUCUACGUGUUCCACUGUUACACCAACAGGAAGACUGAGGUGCUGAAGGAGUUCCUUGGAGAUUACUACAUGAACUCAUACCUGGAUAUUUUCCUGGACAGAGUCAUGGAGAAAUCCCUCACCAUUAAAAAUGGUCACCUGGACCUGUUUGUUCGCUUCCUUCAUGGCCUCUGUCUGGAGUCCAACCAGAGACUCUUAGGAGGUCUGCUGGGUCAGACAGAGAACGAUCCCAAGAUGAUCCAGAGAAUCAUCAACAACCUGAAGGAGAUGAACAGUGAUGAAAUAUCUCCUGACAGGAGCAUCAACAUCUUCCACUGUCUGAUGGAGAUGAAGGAUCUCUCAGUACAUCAGGAGAUCCAAGAGUUCCUGCAGUCAAAGAACAGAUCAGAGAAGAAACUCUCUGAGAUCCACUGCUCAGCUCUGGCCUACAUGCUGCAGAUGUCAGAGGAGGUUCUGGAUGAGUUGGACCUGGACAAAUACAGAACAUCACAAGAAGGAAAACGGAGACUGAUUCCAGCUGUGAGGAACUCCAGAAAGUUUCGACUUUCUAACUGUAGACUCUCAGAGAGUCACUAUGAAGUCAUGGCUUCAGCUCUGAAGUCCAACCCCUCCCAUCUGAUAGAACUGGACCUGAAAGGAAACAACCUGCAGGAUUCAGAAGUGAAGCAUCUUUCUGAUGGACUGGAGAGUCCAAACUGUAAACUGGAGACUCUCAGAUUGGAGGACUGCAAUCUGUCAGAGACCAGCUGUGAUUCUCUGGUCUCAGCUCUGAAGUCCAACCCCUCCCAUCUGGAACAUCUGGAACAUCUGGACCUGAGUCUGAACGACCUGCUGGAUUCAGGAGUGAAACAUCUGAGUGUUUUUCUGGAGAGUCCAGACUGCAUCCUGGAGACUCUGAGAUUGAAGAGCUGCAGGUUGUCAGAGAUCAGCUGUGAUUCUCUGGUCUCAGCUCUGAAGUCCAACCCCUCCCAUCUGGAACAUCUGGACCUGAGUAUCAAUGACCUGAAGGAUUCAGGAGUGAAACAUCUGAGUGGUUUUCUGGAGAGUCCAGACUGCAUCCUGAAGACUCUGGGAUUGAUGAGCUGCAGUUUGUCAGAGACCAGCUGUGAUUCUCUGGUCUCAGCUCUGAAGUCCAACCCCUCACAUCUGGAACAUCUGGACCUGAGUAACAACAACCUGAAGGAUUCAGGAGUGAAACAUCUGAGUGUUUUUCUGGAGAGUCCAGACUGCAUCCUGAAGACUCUGAGAUUGAGGAGCUGCUGUUUGUCAGAGAUCAGCUGUGAUUCUCUGGUCUCAGCUCUGAAGUCCAACCCCUCCCAUCUGGAACAUCUGGACCUGAGCAUCAACAAGCUGCAGGAAUCAUCAGUGAAACAUCUGUUAGAUCUUGUGAAGAGUCAAGACUGCAGCCUGCAGACCCUGAGAUGGAAGUGGUGACGGUCAUGACGGUGUUUGUGCUGAGAGGAUGGAGUGUGUCUGAUGAUCCAGAGGUUGAAGCAGCAGCAGCAGCUGGUGUGGAGAGACUGUGACUGGACCAUGUUACUGGGAGGUGGACUGGGAACCAGUGUAAAGUGUGUUGUUUUCACUGUGUAGUUUAGUGUUGCAGCUCCACACUGAAUGAUGAACUGCACCGUAUGUGGAGGUUGAUGUCAGGUUGCAGAGUGUGCAGGAAGUUUCAGGAUGUUUGUGUCAGUGCAGGAUUCUUGAAACAGGCUUUGGUGUAUGUUUGCUUUGGUUGCUGGUCCUGCUGAAAGUCCUGCGUUUGAGAGAAUCCAUGCGCUACUCACAUGCUCCAGUUUAGGAGCUUUAAAGCUCCCAACAGGCCUGUUGAUGCUCUUCUUCUGGUCCUUCUACCUCCAGACGUUCUGCCCCAACAGUCCACUUUAGUCUCACCAGUCCAUCAGACUCCCAGAACUCUGCUUUGUUCCACUCAGGGAGAGCUUAUUGUUCAGUGUUCUCAGACUUUAGUUGCUGCCUUCAUCAGGUCCUGCAAAUCUUUACCAAUAAAACAGGUUUUCUCCCAGCUGCUACUGUCAAACAUCUGCUUCCUCCUGGAGAGAUUUUGUACAGUUUGAUUGACUCAGCUCAUCCACAUGAGAUUUCUCCUGGUCAAACGAGCCAGAAAAUCUUUCAAGUUUUCAUCAACACUCAGUCUCCUGGUGAACUCCAAGUAUUUUCUAUCCUCAGACUUCAUAAAGAACAAAACACCAAAGUCAGACUCCAAGUAUUGCUGCUUAUGGUUCAGUGCAUCCAGUGAUACUUAUUUGAUCAUUAAUUCAUUGGGUUUUUUUUUGAAUUGCUGAUUGCUUUUGGUGAAACCAAAAGUACCAUGACCCCAGCUCAGGCAUACGUGGGAAUUAAAAGCUCGGCCUACAGUCAUUCAUUCAUAGAAUGGUGUGAUGGAGCAGCAGUAGCCAGGCUGUGGCCCGCAUACAUAUUUCAUCUUGGCGCGUGUAAGUGUAAACUUUUGUUUUAUUUUAUUUCACUUGGGAGAUCACUCAAUCCUAAACACAAUUUAAAACUUUACUGUAUUGCGUGUUUGCAGGAGACCAUUUUGACCUUUGUAACCUUUUUGAUGUUUGAUCCAUAGAGACAAUAAACUUUUGAAAGACA